GACAGGGACGGAGUUCAGCUUCCGGCGGGAGGUGUGCGGGUGCCAGCGGCUGGGCUGCCGCUAUGACCAGGUGGGCUCGGAAGGUCGCCGCUGCGGGCGGCAAGGCGCUGAAGUCCACCCCCUGGGAGGAGAUGACGGCGGGGCCCGCGGAGAGCGGGCCGGAGAGGAAGGGUAAAAGGAAAAAAGCGUACCAAAACGAAGACGUUAAUGGGUUUGCGGCGUACCUGAAGCAGGCGGGGAACGGCCGGGGGGAGGAGGAGGAAGCGACGGUGGCCCUGAAGAAGGACCGUCGGCGGGAGAACAGGAGGCUGAGGAGGCAGGAGGCGAGGAAAAACGCCAUGGUGUGUUUCCACUGCAGGGAACCUGGCCAUGGUGUUGCUGAUUGUCCAGCUGUACUGGAAAGUCAAGAUAUGGGUACAGGAAUCUGUUACCGGUGUGGAUCCACAGAGCAUGACAUUGGCAAAUGCAAGGCAAAGAUCGACCCAGCUGUUGGUGCAUUUCCAUAUGCAAAAUGCUUCAUCUGUGGUGAGAUGGGACAUCUAUCAAGGUCAUGUCCUGACAAUCCCAAAGGAUUGUAUGCCGAAGGUGGCUGCUGCAGACUUUGUGGCUCUGUGGAGCACUACAGAAAAGACUGUCCGGAAAACCAGAACUUAGACCAGGUUACAGUUGGGCGAUGGGCCACUGGAAUGAGUGCCGAUGAUGAAGAAACUACAGAAACACCAAAGCUACCAAAACCCAAAGUGAAAGUACUUAAAGUUAUUAAUUUUUAAAAGCCUCCUUUGGGUGCUGAACUGCAGUGGUUGUGCACUACUCCUUCACUUCAGUGUAGUGACUGGAUAGAGUGGAUUGCUGCUUCCCGAAAACCAAGCACUGCUGCUGCUGGGUCCGUAUCCCUGCUUUUUUCAGUUCACUUCACAGACUCAUCCAGCGUAGUGAAAAUCUGGGAACAACAGAAAUGCAUCAAGAAGGUGUUUUAUUUAUUUUUAUAUAUUUCUUGCAGGAAAGCUUUCCUUCUGCUAGUUCUCUAAGAGAGAAAUUGGUUUCCUCUGCUAACAUGCAGCAUGGUUGCAGUAAAGGCACAGGGGGAUAUGCAUUUUGUCAAAGGGCUUUAUGACCACUGGAUUUAGGUGGUCAGUAGCAUUACCUUAAGGUGUAGCUGUAUUGGAGAUGAAUACAAUUAUGCUGAUCUUAAGUCUUCCUGCAUUUCUCCGAAGGGGAUUGCGGACAUUUCCUAAAUACUAAUUGGAGUCUAGAUUGGUUUGGUUUCUUAAAACAAUUCUGUGCUGUGUAUGUGCACACUUGAGCUGUCUGAUAGCUAAGUUAUCAGGUAAUGCUACAGCCUACGUGACUCGUGCCUUCUGUCUGGAGAGCUUGGGGGUACAGUUCCUGCUAUACAUGAUGGAUCUAACAGAGUGUACAUGCAAUAAUCUGAUAAGAUCAUGCAUGUUUGAUUACCUGAGUACUUCACUAAUAAGCCAAAUCAUGCUCUUCCUCUGAUAUGAGGAUGAUGAGUUACGAAACUCACCUGAAAAAUACAAUAUCCCAAGUUGGAUGGAAGCCAUCAGAAUCAUGUGUUCAACCCCUGGCUCCAGACAGGACCUCCCAGAAUCCAAACCCCAUGUCUGAGAGCAUCGUCCAAAUGCUCCUAGAGCUCCCACAGCUUGGGGCUGUGCCCCCUGCUCUGGGGAGCCUGUGCCAGUAGAUGAAGAGCAAGGGAGCUUGCGUGGUUUACUUUUAAGUGAAGCACUCAAAAAUCUUGAUCUUCAGUACUUCUGUCCCUUGGGGUAUUGGAAAUAAACUUUCCUUUCUGUUACUUA